AUGACUCCCGUUCUCAAGAAGUACAAGGCCGCAGCAGUCAACGCCGAGCCGGGCUGGUUUGACCUAGAGGAAUCCGUUCGACGAACAAUCCACUGGAUCGAUGAAGCAGGAAAGGCCGGCUGCAAGCUGAUCGCCUUCCCGGAGCUAUGGAUUCCCGGCUACCCAUACUGGGCCUGGAAGGUUAACUACCAGGAGAGUCUUCCACUGCUCAAGAAGUACCGAGAGAACAGUCUCCCUUCCAACUCCGAUGAAAUGCGCCGCAUUCGCGAAGCUGCGCGCGCCAACAAGAUCUACGUCUCCCUUGGCUACUCCGAGGUCGAUCUUGCCAGUCUGUAUACCACCCAGAUUAUGAUCAACCCGGCUGGAGAGGUCAUCAAUCAUCGACGCAAGAUCCGCGCUACUCACGUCGAGCGUCUUGUGUUUGGCGAUGGAACGGGUGACACCACGGAAUCGGUCAUGGACACUGAAAUCGGCCGCGUGGGACACUUGAACUGUUGGGAGAACAUGAACCCAUUCAUGAAGGCGUACGCUGCAUCUCUUGGAGAGCAGGUCCACAUCGCAGCCUGGCCUUUGUACCCAGGAAAGGAGACCCUCAAGUACCCUGACCCGUACACCAACGUUGCGGAGGCAAAUGCGGAUACGGCCCAGCUCGUUACGCCCGCGUAUGCGAUCGAGACCGGUUCCUUCACCCUCGCUCCUUGGCAGACUAUCACCGCUGAGGGAAUCAAGGUCAACACCCCUCCUGGCAAGGAACUGGAGGAUCCCAACAUUUAUAACGGAAAUGGGCGUAUUUUCGGCCCCGAUGGACAGAACCUUGUACCGCACCCGUCGAAGGACUUCCAGGGUCUUCUCUAUGUUGAUAUUGAUCUCGAUGAGAUUCACCUGACAAAGUCUCUGGCCGAUUUCGGCGGUCAUUACAUGCGACCUGAUCUGGUUCGCCUCCUCGUAGACACAAAGCGCAAGGAUCUGGUUGUCCACGAAGACCGAGAGAACGGCGGAGUCGUCUACACCCAGACGAUUGAUCGUGUCGGACUUUCUACUCCCUUGGAAGCGAGCAGCAACGAGUCCGGCUGCGCUUGA